AUGUCCCCGUCAUUCGCUCGCAGCCUCAACGACACAGUCCACUCAAACGCGUCCGCGUACACCCUGGCGACCGUUCGCGACGACGACGACGACGACAAUGGCGACGGCGACACCGCCCCCCUCCUUUCCCCCCUCACCCCCCGCGAGCCCUCCUAUGGCACCGCCCCGCUCUCUCCCACCGUGCACAAUAAUUCCCGCAGAAUCAUAUUCAACGCGGCGCUCAAGAUGGGUGUCAUCUUCCUAGUCAGCUCCCUGUUCCUCGGCGGCACCCUCUGGCUCGCCCUUCCGACCCUAGACGAGGAUGAUCGGCCCUUCCUCCGUAUCCCAAAGUCAUUCGCUCAGCUGCAAGAUCUCAACCUCCUUCUCAAGAAGUACCGCGACAUCUACCCGUACCGCAUCGUUGUGUGCUAUGUAACAACAUACCUCUUCCUUCAAGCCUUCUCAUUACCAGGUUCAAUGUAUCUAUCCAUCCUCGGAGGUGCUGUGUGGGGCGUUGCACGCGCCCUUCCUCUCGCUUGUGCCUGCGUCGCAACGGGCGGUACACUGUGCUACCUCAUUUCGGCAGCUCUCGGCCCCGCCCUCCUCACCAUUCCGCGCAUUCAAUCCCGCCUAGACAAGUGGACAGAUAAAAUCCACGCUCAACGCGCCAACAUAAUUCCCUUUCUCAUCGUCCUCCGCAUAGCGCCACUCCCCCCGCAUUGGGUCGUCAACGUCAUCUGCCCCCAUGUCGGUAUUGGCAUCGUUCCGUUUUGGAUCAGCACUUUCUUGGGCAUAUUUGGCGUCUCAGUUAUUCAUACGACUAUUGGCGGAGGACUCGACCAGAUGACGAGUGCCGACGAUUUCCACCUGAUCUCGUGGAGGAACUUUUUCGGACUGUCGGCCGUCGUCGUGGGCGUGUUGAUCCCUGUCGGUAUACGCUACGUCUUCCAACGUGAGACAGCAGCGCUCGCGUUGCCUGAGGAAGAGGUGGAAGAAACUGCGGCUGAGAGCGUCGAGGGCGAUACCAUUUUGGCGGAGGGCCCAAGGGUCGUCCCGGGUCAGAAGGGAAAGACUCCUCAACUAGUGCUCCUGUCCGACGAAGAAGAUGAGGAUCUCCUAGCGGACAGUGGUAACGAGAGUGACGGCGAUGUCAUCUUGGAGGCGGGACCUGCGCUCGUGGUCAAGGCUGACGAGCUAUCACCGAGGCUCAAUGACCCCCAGGGCUCCCGCGCCUCUACGCCUUCGGACAAUACACACUCCCUACUUGAGUAA